AUGCCUGAGCAAAGCAACGACUACAGGGUAGUCGUGUUUGGAACCGGAGGAGUGGGCAAGAGUUCCCUGGUUUUGAGGUUCGUGAAAGGCACUUUCAGAGGCUACAUCCCCACCAUAGAGGACACCUACCGCCAGGUGAUCAGCUGCGACAAGAGCAUCUGCACUCUGCAGAUAACCCGACACGACGGGAGCCAUCAAUUUCCAGCCAUGCAGCGUCUUUCCAUUUCUAAAGGACACGCUUUCAUCCUGGUUUACUCCAUCACCAGCCGGCAGUCCUUGGAGGAGCUCAAGCCCAUCUACGAACAAAUAUGCCAGAUUAAAGGAGACAUCGAAAGCAUUCCGAUAAUGCUGGUGGGGAACAAAAACGAUGAGAACCAGAAUCGAGAGGUGGAAAGCAGUGAAGGAGAAGCCAUGUCUAAGAAGUGGAAAUGUGCCUUCAUGGAGACUUCUGCCAAGACAAACCACAACGUGAAAGAGUUGUUCCAGGAGCUGCUCAACCUGGAGAAGCAUGGGACUGUGAGUUUACAGAUUGAUGGCAAAAAGAGUAAGCAGCAGAAAAGGAAGGAGAAGCUGAAAGGCAAAUGUGUGGUGAUGUGA